AUGCUCAACGACGACUACAGCGACAAUCGCAACGACGAGAACGACAACAACGACGACAACGACGAGUAUCACCUCACAUGGAACGACUCUCUGGUCUCACCGCAGGUGUUGCGUGCGCUUGAUCAAAUCGAAAUCGCGUUUGCGCGGCAACACUCACCUGCCUGCCAAGACACGUUCGUGCAAGUAUCAGCCUCGACAGACCAUGCCCAGCACACUCUGCCCGCCAUCACGCUCGUCAGCGGCGGCGCGGAGGGCGCAGAUCUGGCUAUGGCUACCGCCGCUGUACACGCUGGGUGGUGCCUCAAUGUCGUGUCUUUUGCUACGCACCGGCCCAAGCUGCCACCAUCGUGCCCGCCAACGACUGUCACCCAAUUGAGCACGAACGAGCUCGCGGCGUGCACUGCCGGCCUCCAUCGCGCAAAUCGAACUCUGUGCCGCUCUAUUGAGCGCGUGUCCCCUUUCGUCUUCAACCUCUUGCGUCGGAAUGUCCAUGUCGCGCGACGCGCUACCGUAAUGCUUGCUGUGGCAGGCUUUGAGGGUGCUACGCGGAGAUCCAUCACGCAGCCGGCCAUCACCGAACUACUGCGGGGUGCUGGGCCAUCCACGUCGUCGUCCCCACUGGCGACCUCAGCAUGCACACAUCGGCGCGUUGCUGGUGGUACGGGCUGGACGUGCCAGGUGUUUGUUGAUGCGGCGACCGAUGCUGCACGCACCAGAUUACACAUGCACGAGCGACUCGAAUCUGGCCUGUACGUAUUUGACCAGGGCUCGAAUCGCUGGCACCGGCACGCUCUCCAACGUGUUGGCACUGGUGACAACGAUGUGCAGUCACACUGGGACGUGCUACCAGCACUGCCGCCAAAACCGCUCACUAGUCAGUCCCUCUUCGUCGCCGGUGUGGGCACCCGCGAGCUCAACUCUGCUGGCCGGGCAGCCAUCCAUGAUGUGAUUGAGGCGUGGUCGCAGCCAAGGUGUACAAAGUAA